AUGCGCGGUCAACAGUGUGUGCACGGCUCGCGCCGCGUGCUUCAACGACUUUUCCUCGCCCAGCCCGAGUGCCUCCAAGCCACACGACAAGCUUCACCAUGGCAAUGCGUACACCAGCUGCGCACAGCGCCACAGAAGCGACGCUUCGUCACCUCGACGCCCUUUGCAGCGAGCAAGAAAGAUGACAUGGAUCGGCUUGAAGCCUCCAUGAAAGCCGAAGAGAAGAUUGACCCUCGCUACACAACCAGAGCGUACCAAGAGAAGACUGGCCGCGCCCGCUACCCACAAGACUACGAAAUCACCGACCCUCUCAUUCGCGUCCUCGACGGCGGCACCAUAGAAGGGCCACUCAACACGCGCUUCGUCAUGUCCAAGCUCAUGGAGGGCGAAUCGCUACGUAUGGUGGAGCCAUACGAUCCUGGGAAUCCAAAGGAGAGGAUACCGCCCACCUAUGCCCUGUGCAAGAUCAUCGACAAGAACGAGGCAUAUCGGCAGGCCAGGGAGUUGAAAGAAAAGAAAAAGGGGCAAAAGAAGGUCAAGACCAAGGAGAUUGAGCUAUCCUGGGGCAUCAGCGAAAACGAUCUGUUGACCAAGACGACACAAAUCGGCAACUUCCUGGAGAAGGGCAACAAGGUCGAGCUCACCCUGGGCAAGAAGAGAGGUGGCAAGGAGGUCGCAGCAAAGGCAGCAGCCGCCGUUCUCGCCAGAGUGAGGCAGGAGAUUGAAGCGAAGAAUGGCAUGGAAAUUCAGAAGAAGACGACAGGUGAAGUCGGUGGGACGAUGAAGCUGUUCCUGGAACCGAAGCCGACGAAGAAACAGGGAGGUGCGAAGACAGCGCCAGAGAACACAGGGGCGCCCAGCUGA